UCCCUCAAAGGUGCCAAGGUCUACACCGUCGCCUCGGACGACAAGGAGCUGCGGGCUAUCCUGAAGAGGGGCAUGCAGAUGGUAGAAUCCGAUUCGAACCUCAAGCGCAAGGGGAGGUUCAGGGACUACGUGUUCACCCAGAAGUUCAGUACCUUUGACACGAGAAACGAGGCGGCUGCCACCAGUCCGUUCCAUGGCUUCUUUACCCUAUUCUGGAUCGCCGUCGCCAUCUUCAUGCUCAAAAUAGGGGCAGAGAACUGGAAGAAGACUGGCAACCCCCUGGGCACCAACGACAUCAUGAAGUACAUGUUCCAGAGGGAUGUCGUGGUUCUUUUACUUUCGGACGGGAUCAUGUGUGGGCUCACGGGCGUGAGCUGGAUCCUGCAGCUCCUGAUUUACAAAGGCUACAUGGACUGGGACGGGGCCGGCUGGAUCGUGCAGAACCUGUGGCAGACCAUCUUCAUCGGUGCCAACGUCGGCUGGACACAGCUCCGGAGCUGGCCCUGGUCCCAUACCGUCUUCUUCGUCCUUCAUACCCUCGUGAUGCUGAUGAAGCAGCAUUCCUACGCCUUCUACAACGGUCACCUGUCGACGGCCUACAAGGCGCGGGCAGAGCUCCUGCGCAGACUCAAGCAGCUCGAGCAGAUCGAAGCGUCCAAGCCGUCCUCAUCAUCGAGCCGGUCGACAGGCGUAGCUGCGGCGGCUUCGGCCUAUCUGAACAGACGGCCCUCCGUGAACGAUAUCAGACAGCGUCGACGGUCGCUCCACCCAGGUUCCGAUAACUUCAGCCAGGACCUCGAGGAGAUCGAGGCCGCCAUCGAGUCAAGCAGGCCACUUGACCUCGAGCAGAUCCGGGUGUUUGAGAACAUCAUCCAAUGGGAGAUUGACGGGCUCACCGAGGAGCUCACAGGCAAAUCGACAUCCCCAGAAAGAGCUUACCCCAGAAAUCUGACGCUGAGGAACCAUUACCAAUACAUCGUCUUCCCGACUGUCGUGUACGAGCUUGAGUACCCUCGCGCCGAAAGCAUCAGCUGGCGCUACGUCGGAGAGAAGGCCGCUGCCACAUUUGGUGUCAUAUUCGUGAUGAUUGCCGUAUCCCAGGCCUUCAUCUACCCGGUGGUGAUGAGGACCGAGGCCAUGAAGGAGACGGGCAUGCCGCUGGCAGACCGGAUGAAGGAGUUCCCGUGGAUGCUGUCCGACUUGAUCUUCCCGCUCAUGAUGGAGUACCUCCUGAGCUGGUAUGUUAUCUGGGAGGCCAUACUCAAUCUUCUCGGCGAGCUCACCUAUUUUGCCGACCGCGAGUUCUAUGCCGACUGGUGGAACUCGGUGUCGUGGGACCAGUUCGCGAGGGACUGGAAUCGGCCGGUCCACAACUUCCUGUUACGGCAUGUUUAUCACUCUUCUAUCUCAGCUAUGAAGGUCAACAAGCACACUGCCACUCUAAUCACCUUCUUCCUGUCGGCAUGUGUGCACGAGCUGGUCAUGUGGUGCAUCUUCAAGAAACUCAGGGGCUAUUUGUUGAUGCUGCAGAUGUUUCAGCUACCACUUGUGCGACUGAGUAGGACAAAGUGGUUGAAAGGCAGACAAACAUUGGGGAACGUUAUCUUCUGGCUUGGCAUCUUUACAGGGCCGUCAACCCUGUGCUCUUUGUAUCUGAUACUGUAAUCGUCAUCUGCUAGAUAAUUUUGGACAGGCAAAUCUCAUUAGAUCGAC